AACACAAGCGGAGGAAGGAAGCAGCGACAUCAAACCGUCUCUAAACGAGCACUCCUCCGUCAGUGUCCCACCAACACGCCGCCAGCACCGAGACCACGGAUAGUUUUAUAAAAUCGUUUGUAGCUUUUAUAUUGUUGCUUUCAUACAGCCGCGAAUUACCUCCGUUUACAUACUGCCAACUGGUUGACUUUGACGCAAUAUGCCUUCAGAGAAAACCUUCAAACAAAGAAGGACAUUCGAACAGAGAGUGGAAGAUGUCCGACUGAUCCGAGAGCAGCACCCCAACAAGAUACCUGUGAUCAUCGAGAGGUAUAAAGGAGAAAAACAGCUUCCCAUCCUGGACAAGACUAAGUUCCUGGUGCCAGACCAUGUCAACAUGAGUGAACUGAUUAAGAUCAUCAGGAGGCGCCUCCAGCUAAACUCCAACCAGGCUUUCUUCCUGCUGGUCAACGGCCACAGCAUGGUCUCUGUGUCGGCCGCCAUCUGCGAGGUGUAUGAACGGGAGCGGGACCAAGAUGGCUUCCUCUACAUGGUGUACGCCUCCCAGGAGACCUUCGGCACUGCCACGGCCGCCCAGUGAACAGCCUCCCUUCUCCUUCCACCUGGCAGGCCAUUGGACAAUUGUAGUUUUUAGCGUCCUCCAUGUUUCUUGCCACACACCUUUUAGUCUUGACUGUAAGAACUAAAUUACAAACUGCUAAAUCUAAACACAGCGUACGAUAAUUUCCCAGCCCGAAUCGGUUCAGGUUGUGAUCUUUAUAUUAUGACUGCAAUGAGCGAAUAGACUGUUUGAGUACCGCAACACUCAGCCAUUAGCAUGAAGCCACAUGGGGCGACUAGUACAGCAGAGUUUAAGAAGAGAAAUCCCAGAUCUGACUUUGACUCCAGCCAAGUGAGUCUUUGAUCAGUUACAUUAAAGUGGUGAGCUCCACCAAUUUUAUAUAUAUAUAUAUAUAUAUAAUUAGCCUAUGAACAAAGACAGUCUCAAUUGUAAGGUUUUUGGAGACGGGCACUAGAGAAAGUGAAGGGUUUCUGGAUCCACGUGUUUUAAUGGAAGAUUUCAUUGCAGUUAAAAGUUAAACCUUUGGGAUUUGUAGUCUCGGUCAGAGUACUUUUGCCAGAGAAAAAAUGCAAAAGGAAGUAGAGAAGAACCUUGUUAAUCACUGCAUCCUGGCUGUGUGUCUCGUCACAUUCCCUCAAUGGUCCUUCUUUGGUGUGUCUAUCCUUCCCUGUCUCGUAGCCUAAAGCGUCUUCGCUGUAACAAAACAGAUGUUGGAAACUGCUUUUGCCCUUGAAACAGAUGAUUGUAGUUUGUGAAAAAAAAAAAGCCUUUAUGUACAGAUAAUAUUGACUUUGCGGCUUUGAAUAUAUAUAAAAGGGGUUCCGGUGAGAGUGUAACCAAGUUGACUUUGGACACACUACAAGGAGCGUGGUCUGGUAGCGUGUGAAUGAAGGAUAAUGGUGUUUCUGUGUCUGCUGAUGAGGGGAGGAGGUCGCCCACGUCCUUUCCUUUUUAUCUCCUCUGUCAUGAGUAUUCAUUAAGGUGAUUGAGGAAUAAAGGAAAGUCAGAUAAAGAAUGAAAGGCUGAUAGGCAUCACGUCUGACUGUGCGUCUGUGUUCUGCCUUUGACCUGCAGGGCUGAUUUCUCGGAGCCCACAUUGUUCAGUUUCAGUUCACUGAAAUACAACAAGAGCAAUUACUGCGGGAACGAACACCUGCCCAGUGAGGUUUUAAGAUCUUUACUCUAAAAGAAAAACACAACAUCCUGUCUGUCUAUAGAUGGCUCCUCACACUGUCUGUGCUGUCGUGCUUCUCCUCCUCCUCACCGUCUUCGUAACAGAUCGAGGUUUAGCUGCUUUUAUAUCGCAGAAUUUUAUCUUUUUUUUGUUGUUCUUUUUAUUUAAUGUGGUUUUUAUUCCAUUGUACGCCACGUCUUUACCCUUCGCUGUCUGCUGUAAAUGUGAAGUACAAAGGUGACCAGUGAAAAGCCACUGUGUGUCUGUUACAGAGGGGUGGAGCAUUUGUUCCAUCGCUGUCUUUCCUGCCUGCUCCUCUGUUUCACACACGCAUACCCACACACAGCAAUAUCACACAGCCUCCUCUUAUGUAUUUAUGUUGGUAUUUUGUAAACAAUAAAAGGAGGGGGACAACGAUAA